AUGGAAGCAUCAAGCGCAGAACAGCUCAAAACCCGUGUCAAACCAUUCAAAUCAAUCUCCCAAGAUGUCGAUGCAAUCACGAAAUACUUCGACAGCUUUGGGGAUUGCAAAGUAUUGCUUAUAGGCGAUGCUUCACAUGGCACGUCGGAGUUUUACUCGGUUCGCGCAGAAAUUACAAAGUAUAUGAUGCAAAACCACGGCUUCAAUAUUGUUGCUGUUGAAGCAGACUGGCCUGAUGCCGAGUCUGUUGAUCGAUAUGUCAGGCACCGUCCAGGCCCUGGUCAAGGCACAGUAGAGACAACUCAGAUGGCAAAGAAGAAGGGUCGAGAACCAGCGUUCUUGAGAUUUCCCACUUGGAUGUGGCGUAACAUUGAAGUCCACGACUUUGUGGAAUGGAUGCGGUCUUACAACUCUGACCUCGAAGAAAAGGAGGCAGCAGGAUUUUAUGGCUUGGAUCUCUACUCAAUGGGUACUUCGAUGAAGGCAGUGGUUGACUACCUGGACACUGUUGACAAGGAUAUGGCACAAGUCGCGAAGGGGCGAUACAGGAAACUGAUGCAUUGGGCAGAUGAUCCUCACGAAUAUGGCCUGGAGUCUCUGGCAACAUCUUUUGAGGGGUAUGAAAAAGAUGUUAUUGCGAUGCUGAAGGACUUACUGGGUAAACGCCUUGAAUACUCUGCAGCACUUCAUGAUGGUACGGAGUUCCAUAGUGGAGAGCAGAAUGCCAGAGUUGUCAAAGAUGCCGAACAAUACUAUAAAGCCAUGUAUCGUGGACGAGACGAAACAUGGAAUCUUCGAGACACCCAUAUGUUCGAAACUCUUACGAGACUUUUGGAACAUCGCGGUGAAGGUUCCAAAGCCAUUGUCUGGGCACAUAACAGCCACGUCGGUGAUGCCCGGGCCACCAGCAUGGGAUGGUCAAGAGAAGAACUCAACAUUGGGCAGCUCUGCAAGGAGAGAUUUGGAGUCCAAGCUCUUAGUAUUGGUACAAACACAAAUACCGGCACCGUGGCUGCAGCCCAGAACUGGGACGGCGACAUGAACAUUAUGAAGGUUCAGCCAGGGCUCCCGGGCAGUUACGAGGAGCUUAUGCAUGCCACGGGCAUUGACAACUUUGUCUUGGAUCUCCGUAAAGGCAAAUGCGAUGAGAGGCUACGAGAGGUACUGAGCGAGAAAAGACUGGAAAGGUUUAUUGGUGUGUUAUAUAAGCCUGAAACGGAGAAGGCUUCGCAUUACUCAAAUGCCGUCUUACCAGAGCAGUUUGACGGCUUCAUCUGGUUUGACAAGUCAAAACACGUUGGGACUUUGGAGGUUCAUCAGCCUAAGUCGCCUCGAGAGUGUCAUGAAACCUGGCCAUUUGGAUUAUGA